AUGAAGCUCAUCACUGUUGCAUCCUUAUUGUCAUUGACUUCCAUGGUGGCAGCCUUCGAGUCCACUGUCCCUUGUUUCAUGUGGUCUCGCAAACAUUAUAUCGACAAUUCGAUGAAGGCCGAUAAUCAUCUCGUUAUUAGCAAUACCGAUGCUUCAUCAACCAUUUUGUCUUCGUUAUCGCCUGAUAUUUGCUCAGCCAAACUUAUCGCUAUAAUUAACCAACCUGAGCUUCACUUCACUGAUUUCACUCGUUCUGAAGUCUCGGAUGCUUUCACUCAUAUGAGAGAUCGCAGUAGUCAAGCAAAUACACAGGUGCACUUCGAAUAUAUUACUGAUGGUGUGGAUGUUUACGAUGUUGCCAAAAAGAUUGCCAGCAAAUGUCAGUCUUCUGUAUCCAUUCUAGAUCCUUCAACUGUAUCCUAUGAUGAUUUCAUAGAACAAAAUGAACCCAUGGUCGCCCUUGUUCCCUUCCCCGCUUUUGAGGAUGAUACCGGCAGGUUAAGAGAAAAUGACGCGUUACUUCGAAAAUUCAUUGAUAUUGUUGAAGAAAAAGUUGACAACGACUAUGCUUUUAUUUACACAUCUGAUAGUGCAAAGAGUAAAAUUGCUAAUGAAAAGCGUAACUUGCAGCAUCUACAUCGUCGCGCUCCUACACCUAUUGACAAUCGUCCUAUCUUUGAAAAGUAUCAAUUAUUUACACCUGGCGUUUUUAUGGUGCUCGGUAUUGUGUUCCUCUUCAUGUUCAUUGCAGGAACAGGUAUCACUUGGCUAGUAGGCAUUCAAACACCUACUCGUUUCGAAGCAGCAGCAGCAAAGCAGAAAAAGACAAACUAA